AUGCAAAGGAUAUAGCUGAAACUUUUUCAAGGCUAGAUGAUGCCAGGUCCAGUCACAUUCGGACGCAAACGUCCUCUACCUCCCUGUCCAAAUCCUCUCUUCCUGAAAUGGCUGUCAGAGUGUCGAGAUUCUGCUGCCGAGAAAGGCUUGAAAACACAGUUUGUAUAUCAAAAGGCCAUUAGCUCGCUGAAGAAGUACCCUCUGCCCCUCCACAGUGGAAAGGAAGCAAAAAUCCUCCAAAACUUUGGAGACGGAAUCUGCAAGAUGUUGGAUGAGAAAUUGGAGAAACAUUAUGCUGAAAACGGUGCUAAUGCCCCAAUACAUUCACUUCCAACUUCUGUCACUACAUCCAAAAACCAUCUGAGAGGCCCAUCCCUCCUUCCUACAUCUACACUGGAACCAAACCUGCCAGAAGCCCAUCAAGACCCAUCCCCUACAAAAAAGAAAAAGACAGAUGGAAAAAAGCAGCGGGAGUAUGUGCCUCAGAAAAGGUCAGGGGGCUACGCUGUGCUUCUGACCCUCUACAAGGACAGCAAGAAUCCUAAUUCCAAAGGUUAUAUGACAAAGGCGGAACUGCAAAGAGAAGCCCAAUCACUGUGUGACAAAUCAUUUACUCUGAUUGACCCCAACAAUAAAUACACUGCCUGGUCUUCUGUUAGUACGUUAAUCCAGAAGGAGUUGGUCAUCAAAACGCACAGCCCAGCCAGAUAUUGCCUGACUGAAAAAGGACUUGAACUGGCACAGAGAUUGAAGGGAGCUGAUCAACUACUUGAAGGAAAGAGUAAUGUGGUCAGGCAUUUUGAUGCUCAUUCUUCUGAUGAAGAACCUGAUGAUGCUAAUAAUGUGGGAAGCCAAGAAAAUCCAGCCAUCAGGUACGUAAACAAAUCUGUUUCUGCAGCGCUUCCCCAGUACACAACGCUUAGUCUGCCUGUAGAAGCAAAACAGCUAAGUUUAGAUCCUGUACUAAACUCCUAUCACCAUGUGCCUGACUUCACGCUGCUUCCAGGACACUUCAAUGUAAUUCUCUGUGUUGACUUCAUUGAGACCACAGGGGGUUCUGCACACAAAAAGCAGGAAUUGGUUUCAGAACUGAAGAGGAAUGGUGUGGAUUUUGAUGUACGUAAGCUGCACAUUGGAGACUUUCUGUGGAUAGCACAAGAGAAAGUCCAUCCUGUACCAGGACAAUUGCGAAUUCCACAGCCUCGGGAACUUGUACUAGAUUACAUUAUCGAAAGGAAGAGAAUGGAUGAUCUUUGUGGAAGUAUUAUAGAUGGCCGUUUUCGAGAGCAAAAAGUAGUUGAUGGAUUCUUCAUUAAGCGUACCAAAGAUGUACGGGAGUCUGCAGCCUACUUGACUAUAAUGACCCGCUAUCUACAGAACAUGUAUUUGAACAAAACCCUGCUGAGCUGCACUAAAGAAGAAGCAAGUAAAUGUGAUCGUGUGUUGCGACAUGAUGCUCAGAGCUGCAUUCUGAUGGAGUUUAAAGAGUUUAAUGAGGGGGCCAUGAAGAAUAAGGCUCAGACAGUGAAAGAGGUGUUUGCUCGGCAGCUAAUGCAGAUUAGUGGUGUGAGUGGAGAGAAGGCAGCAGCUAUCCUGGAAAGAUAUAACACUCCAGCAAGUCUCCUGUCUGCUUAUGAGAAUUGUUCUUAUGAAGAGAAGGAAAAGCUACUAUCAAGCGUAAAAUGCGGGAAGCUUCAGAGGAACCUUGGACCUGUUCUGAGCAGAACCAUUGCCCAACUUUACUGCACUAAGGAAGCCUUGUCCUGAUGUAUCCUAAUAAAACAAUACUACAGUUACUGUACCACAUUAG